AUGGGCCAGGGCAAAAGUCAAUUUUCGGAAGAAGAACUUCAAGAUUACGAAGAUCUUACAUAUUUCACUAAGAAGGAAGUUUUGUACGCUCAUCAGAAAUUUAAAGCUCUAGCUCCAGAAAAAGUGGGGCAUAAUAAAAAUGCCAAACUGCCAAUGGCAAAGAUUCUGCAGUAUCCAGAACUAAGGGUUAAUCCAUUUAGAGACCGCAUAUGCAAAGUAUUUAGCUCCAGUAACGAUGGUGAUUGUACAUUUGAAGACUUCCUGGACAUGAUGUCUGUGUUUAGUGACACAGCCCCUAAAGCAGUAAAAGCUGAACAUGCUUUUAGGAUAUUUGAUUUUGAUGGUGAUGACAUGAUAGGUGUUUCCGAUUUGCGUGAAGUAAUUAAUCGGCUUUGUGGACCAGAGCACAAGUUAACUGACUCUGAAAUACAACAACUUGUUCAAAAUGUGUUAGAAGAGGCAGAUCUGGAUGACGAUGGUGCGCUCUCUUUUGCAGAAUUUGAACAUAUCAUAGACAAAAGCUCAGACUUUUGCCAGUAA